UUCAAUGAAUACAUUAAGAACUGUAAUAUAAAAUAAUUAUGACCACUUCUUUCAUAGAUGGUACUUUCUGCGAGCCUGUUUGGGAUUCAGUUCUUUGUUGGCCUCCAGUACCCGCCGGACAAACAUCUUGGAGAUCAUGCUGGCUUGUCUUACAGUUUAUCCCCUCCUUAGACGUUAAAAGGGUUGUUCUUCCUCCAGAAGCUAGAGCCUACAGAAUUUGUGAUGAAGACGGGAAAUGGCUGUGGGGUAACUGGACUAAUUAUAAUGAAUGCUUAAACUUCACAACAACUGAUAUACCUAAAGCUCCACUAACUGUCAGUCUAAUUCUUCUGAUCUGCUCAUUGAUAUCCUUGUUCUUCCUAACCAUCACCAUUUUCAUUUUUUUCUACUUCAAAUCUCUUCAGUGCUCAAGAUUGAGGGUUCACAGAAACUUGGUUGUGGCUCUAAUCAUUCAUUCAUUGAUGUUAGUGAUCAUCUCAUUACCUGUCGUCGGAGGAGCCUCGAUACCAUCUUACAAAGAUAUUAGUUGGCUAUGCAAAACAGUGGUUUCUGUUAAAAUGUAUGCAGCGUUGUCCAGUAUUAAUUGGAUGUUUGUUGAAGGUAUGCUUCUUCAUAGCAGAAUUACUACAAAAAUUUUCCAGAAAGAUGCACCCUUUAAGCUGUAUUAUAUCAUUGGCUGGGGUAUUCCUCUCAUUCUCAUCAUUAGCUGGUGCAGUACAAUGACGUCACAAUUGGGUGGAAGUUGUUGGGAAGGAUAUGGUCGGUCUCCAUAUGUAUGGAUUGUAACAGGUCCAAUGAUAGGAGCCUUAGGGAUCAAUUUAAUUUUCUUAGUAAACAUCAUACGCAUACUAGUAACGAAAAUGAAAACGAGUUCUAUGUUUGAAAUCGUUCAAGUGAGGCGUGCUGUAAAAGCAACGGCUCUUUUAUUUCCACUCCUUGGAAUAACACAUCUUCUAUUUUGUGUCAACCCCAGAGACGAUAGCAAAUUGGAAGAAGCUUAUAUGAUAACAAAUGCAACUCUUCAAUCAUCACAGGGAAUUUUUGUCUCUGUGCUCUAUUGCUUCAUGAAUGUUGAAGUUCAAACGGUGCUACGCAAGGCGUACGUAAGGGCCGCUCUGCGUCGCAAUCCCAACCAUCGAUAUACAUGGAAAUGUCGCACAACUAGGGCCUCACAAACCAGCACAUUUGUCUCCAACUGUGACAUGUCCAUUUCAGAACCUAGCUUAGCCAGGUCCGUCUCCAGUGCGCGAUCUGUCUAUAUUAUGAAGGAUAUGCGACGUCUGGAUAAACCACCCAAGUCAUCAAGUGGAAGAAGAUUUAGUGGAAGUGGAAUGAACAUAAGCGAUGUGUAAAUGUGCCAAGGUCUAGAAACUUAUCACCAUUUCUGAGAAACACUUGUACAAGUCUCAUAAUUAACCAAUUUAUCACGAAGAAUUUUCUUUCGUUUAAAUGUUCGUACUUAUUAAACACACACUUAUUUGUAUUAUUGCUUUCUUGAAUAAAACAAUAAAGAAUUA